AAACUUUGGAGAAUGACGAUGAUAUGCGAUCUUCCACCGGAAUUGGUAGGGGAAAUAUUCACCAAGAUUCCGAUAACAUCUCUGAGAACAGUUCGAUCCACUUGCAAAUUAUGGAACGCUUUAACCAAAGAAUGGGUUUUGGGCAAAGCAGUGGCAAGGCAGCCGUGUGCGGGGUUCAUGACUAGGUAUUCUAGGGUUUUGUCAGUAAGAUUUGAUCUCCAAGGAAUCCGCAAAACCGAUGGCGAGCUGGUGGAUCCAUCUAGAAAGCAGUUAGAUGUAUUUAAUCAAGUCGAGAUAAUUAAAGUCUUUCACUGCCACGGCUUAUUGUUAUGCAUCCUCAAGGACAAGUCGAGGCUCGUGGUGUGGAACCCUUAUUUGGGGCAAACAAGGAGGAUUAGACCGAGAACAGAUUUUCACAGACACGACAGAUAUGCUCUCGGAUACGACAUCAAUCAUAACCACAAAAUCUUGAGGUUUUUGGAUGAUGACCAUAAAAACCUUCUUGAGUACGAAAUCUACGACUUGAGCUCUAAGUCAUGGAGGGUUCUCAAGAUCACUCCCGACUGGUAUGUAAAUUUCAAUCACCGCGGCGUGUCUGUGAAUGGAAAUACCUACUUUUUUGGUCAUGAGAAAGAAGGACCUUCUUGGAAAGAUUUCUUACUUUGUUUUGAUUUCACAAAAGAGAGAUUUGGACCGCGGCUGCCUCUUCCGUCUGGAGAACCUUAUAAUGAAGAGACAGUGACUCUCUCAUGUGUUAGAGAAGAGCAGCUCGCAGUGCUAUAUGAGAUGGAUUGUCAUGAUGUCAUAUUGGAGAUUUGGGUUACCACUAGGAUUGAGUCAAACGCUUUGUCUUGGAGCAAGUUUUUGAAAGUGGAUAUGACACCACACUUAGUCAGUGAUAGUAAUGAUCGGUUUACCGCUCGGUUUAACGAAGAAAUUGGGAGCUUUUUCAUUGACGAGGAAGAGAAAGUAGCUGUGGUUUUUGGUGUAGACGGAUAUGUAAAAACCAAGACCACUGGGUGCCCCACAGCUUUUAUCAGUGGAGAUGACGGAUACUUUAAAACUGUGAGUCUCCGAGGCGCUCCCAAUGUCAAGGAACCUAGUUGCAAGAAGUCCCGGACUGAGUGUUUUCCCCCACUCGUGUGUUCUUCUUUUUAUCUUCCAAGUUUAGUGCAAAUCAACAAACCACGCAAAAGGAAAAAAAGAGAUAAUUAAAUAAUGCAUUAGUUUCUUAUUCCAGUCGUCAAUUAUUGGUUUCGUUUCUAUUUAUCAUGAUCUAAUGAAGACCUCAAUUGUUUCAUGUUUUUCCCAGUCGUCAAAUAGUUUUUUAAUUAGGAAAUUGAUUUGCAAUACUGUCAAAUGUUGAUUAUGUCAAGAAAAUCUUGGCAUUUAUUCGUUCGUUGUUUCUUUCUUCCUCGUUUGGAAAUACGGAGAAAAAAAAUCGAUUCUA